AUGGCUGACACGAUCACCGAGAACGCGGCUAGCAUCGGUUACAAAUACGCGGAACAUUACUACGCGGUAUUGCGUACGCUACCGGGAUGCAUAGAUCAGUUUUACGACGAUUUCGGCGAGUAUAAGACGGUAUUCGAAAACGGAACCGUCUUCUGGGCCAGAACCCGGCAGGAGGCAAUAAAGGCUUUGACGCAACCCAUAUCCGACUCGAG